AAUUUGUACAUUUAUUGCGAAAUUAAAAGUCCCGGAAGCGUGUAGUUGGCGGCUCGGCUCGGCUCCUACUGCUCUUUCCGGUCCUGAAGCUAAGCUAGCGGAGAGGAUGCCGUCGAUGGAAUACGACGACUCCAAGCCCAGCUGGGCAGACCAAGUCGAGGAGGAGGGCGAUGAAGGCACACUACCAGCCGCCAAGGAAACCAUCAAAGGAAAUAUAAAAACUAUUACGGACUAUAAAAUAGAUGAGGAUGAUGGAAAGAAGUACAAGAUCGUGCGGACCUUCAAGAUCGAGACAAGAAAAGCCUCAAAAGCCGUGGCCAGGAGAAAGAACUGGAAGAAAUUUGGUAACUCUGAGUUUGAUGCGCCUGGUCCCAACGUCGCCACCACAACAGUCAGUGACGAUGUCUUCAUGACAUUCAUUUCCAGCAAAGAGGACCUGAACGCCCAAGACCAGGACGAGGAUCCUAUGAACAAACUGAAGGGACAGAAGAUCGUGUCUUGCCGUAUUUGUAAAGGAGACCAUUGGACCACCCGCUGUCCGUACAAGGACACCCUGGGCCCCAUGCAGAAGGAGCUGGCUGAGCAGCUUGGACUUUCCACUGCAGACAAGGACAAGCCCGCUGGCUCUGCAGAACCAGAACCUGCACAGCCGGCGCAGAGCAAAACCGGGAAGUAUGUACCCCCCAGUCUGCGGGAUGGGGGGACACGGAGAGGGGAGUCCAUGCAGCCGAACCGCAGAGGUGAGUCCGAUGACAACGCCACCAUCCGUGUGACCAACCUGUCGGAGGACACCCGCGAGACGGACUUGCAGGAGCUCUUCAGACCGUUCGGCUCCAUCUCCAGGAUCUAUCUUGCCAAGGACAAGAACACUGGACAAUCGAAGGGCUUUGCCUUUAUCAGUUUCCAUCGUCGGGAGGAUGCAGCCAGAGCCAUUGCAGGAGUGUCAGGAUUUGGAUAUGAUCAUCUUAUUCUCAAUGUCGAAUGGGCCAAACCUUCAAACAACUGAGGAGUCCAUCAGAAUAAUAUUCCGAGAUGAUGCCAGAUUUUAUUGUUGCAGUAAAAUAUGGCUGUAACCCAGUACGAAUAAAUACUUGUCACAA